GCCUAUGAAUUUMGAUCCGAACCAAUCRUCGGCAUCCAGAAAAGAACAAUCAAAAGAUGAGCACCGUAGUUAAUGUUUCCGUGUCGUAUGGGGUUGARGCAUUCUUGUGCGACCCAUCGACCGGAACGAAAAUCGUUCCGAUGAGACCUUUCGCCCAGGGAUCCAUCGUCAGCGCGUGCGUCCGACCAGAUGCCGCUUCGAGAUCCGAUGGCCUGGUCAUGGAUCGGAUCGAAAACUUUACCUGGAAGAAAGAAAGCAACGGCACUCCGGCUGCGCUGAACUUCGCUGCAGAGCAACCGGUUGUGCUGGAGGGSUCGCAUCAAGACGUGCUUUCGGUGUCUGAAUGUGCACCGGACAAGGCGUAUUGCGCCGUGACUUCCAUCCUCUUUGCCGAUUUUUUUCAGUACGCGGGGCCGGUUUCGGCCCUCGGGAAUGUCUACCUUGCAUUUGCCAAUCCCCAAGAAGAUGCAUUGUCUGACUCCAUGCUGAUCGAUUUCGACGUUUCGAUAAUCGGUAGCUCGGGUGCGUCGUUGCGAUGAAAAUUCAAAGAAAGACGACCAAUGGUUCGCGCACACGUUCCUUCAAUUCACCGAUCUUACCCAAAAAAUGUGAUCACUUUUUUUCAAAAACGAUUUCCGUUCUGCAGAUAAAUCUCCAGAGGAAAUACCAGAGGAAAUACCAGAGGAAAUACCAGAGGAAAUACCAGAGGAAAUACCAGAGGAAAUACCUGACGAAAUACCUGACGAAAUACCAGACGAAAAACCGGUAACAAGUGUCAAUUCAUUGCUCGGGUGCGUCGUUGUGUGUCGAAAGUUGAAAAGGAACAUGGCCAAUAGUUCCUGUGUUGUUUCUUUCUUUCGCCUAUCUUUAUUUUUUUUUCUCAUAAAUUCGAUAACAAUUUUUUUCUAUGCCGUGCUGCAGACGAAACUCCGAAGGAAUCUCUAGAAGAAACCCGAGAGGAAACCCGAGAGGAGUAAUCWCCAGGGGAAGCUCUGACAACAAUUGAUGAUGCCGAGAUGACAACCAUAGAACCAUCAGAAGAGGAAAUCGAAGAAGACGAAACGCGGAUUCCCUACUUUUGUUGAAAUGUUGUCUUUGGCACCAAACAGUCCAUAUUUUUCAUUUUUCCACUCGCAAGUCUGUAGUAUCUCAAAAAUAAUUCAGUUAUAUAUAU